AUUGCUAGAUCAGCAAUCUGAAUCGAAUCAGGUGCUAAGAUCAGAGACCAUACAGAGAAGUGUCUUUACAGUGUCUUUUAUACACUCUGUAGGACUGAUCUGCCAUGGAUAACUUUCUACAGCGAAUGAAGAGGGCCAUGCAACGUGGUAGAUCUGCUUCCUUGCCCCCAGACAAUGAAGAUGCUGUGUAUGUACUGUUGCCAUACGUCAUGCAGAAUCAAGUCAAACCUGUUAGCGAACUUCUGUCCCCCAACUCAACAUUUGACGUCAACUACGUGUUCGGCAGAGCAAAGAGAACACUGGUACACUCUGCAGCGAACACUGGAGCAGCUGACUGUUUGGGUGUCUUGUUGAAGAAGGGAGCGCAUGUUAACGUACAGGACAAGAUUGGGUCCACUCCCCUCCACUUGGCAGCCAGGAAUGGGCACAAAAAGUGUGUACAGAAGUUAGUGGAGGCUGGAGCCGAUAUCAGAGUCCAUGACAACGAGGGACUUACAGCUCUGCACUGGAUGGCGUGCAACGGACGUACAGAGCUCCUGGUCAGUGUGUUAGAGAGUGGAGAGUAUGUGGACGUCGAGGACAUCCACGGACACACAGCUCUGCUGGUUGCCUGUCAAAAUGGCCACUACAAGUGUGUGGUCCAGCUGCUGGAGUUCAAGGCUGACGUGAACAGGUGCAGUAAGAAUGGAGGGAAUGCUCUCUACUUUGCGUGCAGACACGGCCAAGUGAAGUGUGUGCAGUUGUUACUGGACAGAGGAGCGCUAGUGGCCACUGACAACGACGGACUCUCAGUCCUAGAGAUCUGCGCUCAGGGCAAUUACUACGGGUGCGUGGAACUCAUCCUAAGCAAGUAUCCUGAGCAAGUGGACAAGUUGCUGGCUCUGGUGUUUAGUCAGCAUAUUGAAGAGAGCAAGAUGCAAGGUCUCCUAGAGUAUCUUAGCAACAGCAGUGUCCAUCUCCUGGCAGCUGUCCUCAACAAGCUGGCCAGUGACACAGCCACAGCCGGCAUGGAGCUGCUCAGCAUCAGUAGUAGCUAUCAGGAUCUGAUGCCUCAGUUCUUGCGUGCCAUUCGAAUGCUCUGCACUCUCCACAAGCACUUUGUAGCAGCCUACAAAACAAUGCCUUCAGAUUCCAUCAUCACUGGUUCCAUGCCGAACAGUCCCGGUAUCCAUGGGGACGGGCCAACAGCUGCCACUGUGAGGAGGGCAGGUAGCUUUGGAUCUCUUUUGGACAACCCUCCUCUGAGGCCCAGCGAUAGGCCAAAGAUUGGACGAAAAUCCUCUCACAAGCGGUCUCAUUCUGGAGGUGGAAAUUCCAAUUCCAAUACACCGAGGGAGGCCCGUUCCAAUACCAUUGCCACCUCUAGUGCAUCUCCAGACACACGCAGCAUUACUGGCAGCUACCUCUACCUCAUGGAUCCUUUUGAACAGCUGGAGAUGGUGUGGUCGUCUCUUCAGUCCUGGUUCGACCUCCUACGAGUGGAGCUAGAUAGAGUUGUUCAAAGGGAAUCAACUACUGAAGUGUUGACGCAAGUUGGGAGUCCAGUCAUCGAGAAGAAAACUGUGUUAGAAUCUGUGGAUUUUGGAACCGAUUCUGCGGAUGUAAUCGAAACUGAUGAAAUUGAUCUUUCGACUAUUUCAGAAGGUACGUCCUCACCUGAUAGUACGUCUGUAGUCUCCAAAGAUCGUCCAAGCACGCCCAGUAAACUACCCCUCAUCUCCCAAACAAGUAGCGUCCUAGCAGCUGCCAUCGUCAACAGUGCCCCGAGCCAUCGCAGAACAGCUUUCCUACAAGCUAGCAGUAGCAUUGACCAGACUACCAGUUCUUCUCUUACUGACCGGGACAAAAACUUAAAGAGACGAAGCUGGCAUGUCGACAGAGUGACUGCGCGACUGCUCUCCUCCAUGAGUCCCAGUAGCUCGCUUUCUCAGUUACCCAUUUUCAACAGGAGUGCCUCAACCAACUCCAACCACCUGUUGUCCCCUGUGGAACCUCCCGUUGGUCCCCUCGGCUCUGAGCUUCCAGAAGAGGAGGUGCGGUCCAAGCACGAGGCGGGGGAACAGAACCUGGUGGAGGUGUACGCUGACAGGCUGUGUGCGGUCACCCAUGCCUUCGCACUCACCUGCAAGACCCUACAGAGAUCUACCAAGAGUGAUGGUUUGUUGCCACGUUUCCUGGAGUUUAUCAACAAAUACGAGAACGUACUGAAAGUGCUCCUUGCAAGGAACCCCCAGCUGAUAUUCGCCCAUUUCCACUUUCUGUUGGAGGAGAUGGAGCUCAUGCAACGAUUUGUGCACAUUAUUCAUGCUCAGCCGUUUGAUGACCGGAAAAACUGGUUUUACGAGAAUCUUCAUAAGGAAAAGCCACCCUCCACAGAGAUUAACAUGAAUCCCGAGAACAACCUCAUUGAAGUGGAGAGAGACAACAUAUUCAACACGUCUUGCCAGAGGAUAAGUGACGCUCCAAUCCAUUCUCUAAAGAAGGAGCUGUACAUCCAGUUUGUGGGGGAGGCGGGUAUGGGGUCAGGGGUCAUGAGGGAAUGGUUUGACAACCUCUCACAGGAAGUAUUGAAUCCUGACUACGCUCUGUUCACUCAGUCGGCUGAUGGUGCCACUUUCCAGCCUAACAGUCUAUCUGAUGUCAACCCGGACCACCUGAGCUACUUUCGGUUUGCUGGUCGGUUGAUGGGACUAGCUCUCUAUCACAAGCAACUGCUCAAUGUCUACUUCACCCGGUCCUUCUACAAGCACAUUCUUGACGUCCCUGUUAGCUACCGUGACGUGGAGUCCAUCGACCCGGAAUAUGCUAAUAAUCUUCAGUGGAUCCUUGACCAUGAAAUCGACAGUCUCGGUCUGGAGCUGACGUUCUCCGUGGAAACAGACGUGUUUGGUGCAACGGAACAGAUCGAGUUGAAACCAGGUGGUUCCGGUAUUACAGUUACGGAUGAGAACAAGCGUGACUACGUGCAACUGGUGACUGAGAUGAGGAUGACACAGGCUAUUGGUCGCCAGAUACAGAGCUUCUUGGACGGUUUCUACGAGGUCAUUCCUCUUGAGCUCAUCUCACUUUUUGAUGAGUACGAAUUGGAGCUCCUCAUCUCUGGGUUGCCCGAUAUUGACGUCACUGAUUGGGAGAAGAACACUGAGUAUUCGUCUGGCUACGAGGCCGACUCACCCGUCAUACAGUGGUUCUGGGAGAUUGUGAAGGGCUAUGAUAAGAAGGAGUUAGCCAUUCUAUUGCAGUUUGCCACCGGAAGCUCUCGGGUUCCUCUGGGAGGGUUUGCUAGUUUGGUGGGAGCCACCGGACUCACCAAGUUCACCAUCACUCGACUGGACUACACUCCCAGCAGACUGCCCAUGGCCAGCACCUGUUUCAACCUGCUCAAACUACCCGAGUACCCAAGCAAGCAGCUGCUAAAAGAUAGGCUAAACAUUGCCCUCACGUGCGGCAGUGGGAUCAUAGACAUCACAUAAACUGACACUUUGAAGUUGUGAGUGUGUGUUGUACAUUGCACAGGGUGGAUUUUUUUAGCACUGCAUGGGAAUUUUUUAAUUUUUAGCACAUGAGUAUUAAAGACAAAUUUGCUUAGAAUAAAAUACAGGUAGUGUUUUUGUACAAGUGUAAUCCUUCAUACAGUGUUUAAACUCUAA